AUGAUUGCGUCAAAUGAUUUCGCUCAAUCAACAAUACCGCUUAUUCACGAUAUGUUUCAAAUUCAUAGUAUUUUUAUAUUUUGCGAAACUAAGCCAAAACAUAAAGAAUGGAUAAAAAAUUGGGAAAAGAUAGAGGAUGUUUUUACUUCUAUUGGUUCGAUUUGUGAAAUGCUCGAACAAGAUAUUCAGCAGUAUCAUCUCGAUUUUCCUACAAUUUAUGUCACUAAUGUGGAAAUGAUUCGUAUUGAUCCAUCGUUCUUGUGUACACAAUUGCUAAAAGAAAUAUUUGUUGAAAUGAAAUUCGAUGUUAAAUCAAAGAAAGAGUUUAUACAAUUCUAUCGUCAAAAACAACGCGUUGAUAAUACAAUAAUUGAUGAAUUGGAACAUAACUAUAGCAUGCAUACACCUAUUUGGUGGUAUACUCAUGAUUGUUGUCUCUCUGAUAUCAUGAAUCAAGCAUUUAGAUUACAAAGCUUCUAUACUAUAAUCAAAAUGAGAUUCUUUAUACAAGAUCUUUAUAAACAAAUCGAAAAGCUUUAUAAGCCUUCAUCUGAAAAAUUGACACUUUAUCGAAGUCAAGGAUUAACACAUGCACAUUUUGAGCAGUUCCGCAUGAUGCAAGGUGGUCUUUUUUCGUUCAACAGUUUCUUAUCAGCGAGUAUCGAUGAAAAUGUAGCUCUACGUGAUGCCGAUCGUUCUCGACAUGAUUCCGACCUAAUCGGUAUUAUUUUUCAAAUAAACAUUGACUCUACAUCUCUCAUUUCUACGCCAUAUGCCUCGUUAGACACAGAGAAUUAUCAUUCUGAUGCAAAAGAAGAAUUCUUAUUCACAAUGCAUACUAUAUUUCGAGUUGGUGAGAUGAAACAACUCGAAGAUCGACUCUGGAGAAUUGAAUUGUCAUUAACAAGUAACGAUGACGAAGAUGUCAAACGAAUUAGCGAAUAUAUUCGACAAGCAACACAAGGUUCGACUGGAUGGGAUCGACUCGGUAGACUGCUACUCAUAAUGGGACAUUUCAAUAAAGCCGAAGAGGUUUUUCAAAUGCUCAUUCAGAACUCAGCGAAAAAUGAUGUGAAAGGACUUGGUUAUCGUUAUCAUCAAAUGAGACUAGUGAAAAAAAAUACAAAUUUUUAUAAAAAAGCGAUCAUUUUCUACAAUAAGGCUAUUAUGAUGUAUCAAAGUUGUACCCAUUUGAACUUUUCAGACUUUGCUACAAUUCAUAAUGACAUCGGCUCUUUACAUCAGUGUACAGAAGAAUAUGCGAAGGCAUUGCAGUCCUAUCAGACGGCACUGGACAUUGAAAACAAAUCUAAUUCCAUUAAUUAUUCAAAUCUGGCUAUUAUUUAUGGUAAUAUCGCUGAAGUAAAUAAGACAAUGAAACAAUAUUCGACAGCAUUACAGUACUAUCAAAUCAUAUUGAAAAUUCACAAAAAAUGUAUUCCUUUAAAUUUUCAAAAAUUAUCUGCAACCUAUAGAAAGAUUGCUGAAAUGUAUUACUCUAUGGAAGAAUAUGUUCAAGCUUUGAAAUCAUUUCAAACAAUGCUCAACAUCCAGCAAAAUUAUCUUCCUCAAAAUUAUAUUGAUACGGCUGAUAUUGAGAGCAACAUAAGUCAAAUGUAUGAAAGCAUGGGAGAACAUUCGAAAGCAACUGAGCACUAUGAAAACGCACUCAUGUAUUGUCAAACGCUUCUUGAAUCUCACAAAGAGGAUGUUGCAAAUUUGGCUAUUAUCUAUUAUAACAUCGCUUCAAUACAUAAGAAUAAGAAAGAUUAUUUUAAAGCAAUCGAAUUUUAUCGAAAGACAAUAGAAAUCUUGAAGAAAUUCCCCCAUGUGACAAAACCAGAUUUGGCGGUAACAUGCGAUAACAUUGGUCAAAUGUAUGAAAAUAUAUAUGAGUAUAAAACCGCACUGUUCGCCUAUAGAAACGCGAUGCAGAUUGAACAACAAGCAUCGUCUCCAAAUCCUACUCAAGUGCAAUUAUAUCAAAAACAUUACAUUGAAGGGUUAGCAAAAGGAAAUGACACUUUUACCAUGAGUAUCCAUUAUCCGCGAAACUUUUUUUCUUUUAACUAUUUCUUCUUUUGUUGGGACUGAGAUAGCAAAAGGAUAACUUUCAACAAACAAUGACCCUUCGGUUAUAUUAUGAUUUAUAUCUCAUGUAUAAUUGCAUGAAUAGUGACUAAAAUUUUAUUGCAUAUACAACUGAAGAUUCUCUAACAAAUAAAAAUAAAAAUUAUCGUAAACACUUGCUUUGUUGACGAGUAUUGUCUAUUACUAAAAAUUACUCACUUAUACGAUUGUUUUUGAUACAACCAAAAAAGAUUGUUUAAUCUAUAAGCUUACAAUGACUUUGAGAUGAAAAGUGAAAUUUUUAUCACUAAUGUAGUUUCAUACAGUCUAUCAAAAUAAUAAAAAAAAUCGAAAAGAAUGGAGAUACUUAUACUAUAGUAUGAACUUCUGAAAACAGAAGUUCUAUAUGAUGAUUAAGAAUUGGCAAAACGCGAUCAAAGAAAAUGCUACAUCUUUCACUCUUUCAAAGUUAGCAAAACGGCAUCAUUUUUUAAUACUAGGUCAUUCCGACAUAAAAGACUCGAAAAAAACGGAUCGCUUUUCUAGAUUUUGAUUAUCAGAGAUUGUUUUUUAUUGGAAAAUAAACAUGAUUUUAGGAAUCAGUGUGCGAAAAUACAUCGGAAACUGUAUUUUAUCACAAAUGUUUCUAUAGUCAAAUGCAAAAGUUUAAGCGAAAUUAGUUUCGUGAAUUAUUUUGUUCAAAAUGAUUUGUUGAAGAAAUCCAAAUAGUGAUUUGAAUAGCGGAUGAAGAGCUCUAUCUAAUACACUAUAUACCAGGAUUCCAUCGACGGAUUAUGCGAGUAAGGUUUCAAAAAAACUAAAAAGCGUAUUUUUCAAGUCUCUGAAGACUUUGUGGAAAUUAAAUUCUGAUAAUGCCAUAUUAAAGAGCGCAAAAUUCUGAACAAAAUGAGGGGUCGCUGCGUUUUCUACGACCUUCCCUUGAGAAACUACAGGCACCACAAAACAUAAAAUAAAGUGAAUUUUAUCAAAAAGUCGGCUAAAAAUACAUUUUUUUCGUGUUUUGUGGUGUCUGUAGUUUCUCAAGGGAAGGUCGUAGAAAAUGCAGCGACCCCUCAUUUUGUUCAGAAUUUUGCGCUCUUUAAUAUGGCAUUAUCAGAAUUUAAUUUCCAUAAAGUCUUCAGAGACUUGAAAAAUACGCUUU